CGUGAUAAUACAGAAUUUAAAGCAGAUUCAUUAUAUAGUGGAGUAUGUAUAUUAAAUAGAUAUUUUAUUGAAAAGUUUAAAGAGACUGGAUCUUUUAGCUUGCAUGAUGAUUUUGAAUUUGCUUCUUUUCAUAAUAUUCUUCACUUAAGAAUGCGAGAAUUAGAAGAAAUUUAUAAUGGAGCAUAUCAAGAUGCUGACCUACUAAGCAAUGAUGAAAUGGAACAAAUAUUUAGACAUUAUGAACUUGAUAAAAAUAUACUAAUUAGAUUAUUUCAUAUAAUGGCAUCACAUUUUGAAGAAUAUCAAAAUAAAGGAUUUAAUCUUUUAAUAAUUCAUGAUAAAACUUACAAAAGUAGAUAUUAUCAUUGUAAUACUUCUGAAUCUGGAUAUAAUAUACCUUCACAAAUUAUACCUCCAGAUAAAUUAGGACAAAUGUUGAACCAAAUUUAUUUUUACAAAUCAACAAAGACUCAGAAG